GGGACGACGUGCCGGAAGUGCUCGCUCCCGGGUUGUUUCUGUUUGCUGUCGGGCGGAGGAGAUGCUCCGGGAGGCCGAGUGCGGGGACCAGGAGGACGGUUAGAAAACGGGCGGCGCAGCGUGGGGCCCGGGCCGGGCGGCCGGGCCGCAGCCAGACCAUGAGCUACACCAGGCACUGGGGGGAACGGUUCCUGAACCUGCGGGUGCCCCCCGCCGGUGUGUUCGCCGUGGCCUUCCUGGCCCGGGUCGCCCUGGUUUUCUACGGUGUCUUCCAGGACCGGACUCUGCUGGUGCGGUACACCGACAUCGACUACCAUGUGUUCACGGACGCCGCGCGUUUCGUCACGGAAGGGCGCUCGCCUUACCUGAGGGCGACGUAUCGCUACACGCCGCUCCUGAGUUGGCUGCUCACUCCCAACAUCUACCUCACCGAGCUCUUCGGCAAGUUUCUCUUCAUCAGCUGCGAUCUCCUCACCGCCUUCCUCUUAUACCGCCUGCUGCUGCUCAAGGGGCUGGGGCGCCGCCAGGCCUGUGGCUACUGCGUCUUCUGGCUGCUUAACCCCUUACCCAUGGCGGUGUCGAGCCGGGGCAACGCCGACUCCGUCGUGGCCUCCCUGGUGCUCACGGCCCUGUACUUAAUAGAGAAGCGGCUGAUCGCGUGUGCCGCGGUGUUCUAUGGCUUCGCGGUGCACAUGAAGAUGUAUCCGGUCACCUACAUCCUCCCCAUAGCGCUCCACUUGCGGCCUGAGCGCGAAAGCGACGAGAGUCUCCGGCAAGCCCGCUACUCCUUCCAGGCUCGUCUGUACGACUUCCUGAGGAGGCUGUGUAGCUGGGCGGUGCUGCUCUUUGUCGCGGUGGCGGGACUCACGUUUUUUGCCCUGAACUUCGGUUUUUACUAUAAAUACGGUUGGGAGUUUUUGGAGCACACCUACCUCUAUCACCUGACCAGGAGGGACAUCCGCCACAACUUUUCCCCCUACUUCUAUAUGCUGUACUUGACGGCAGAGAGCAAGUGGAGUUUCACCCUGGGCAUCGCAGCCUUCCUGCCACAGUUCAUCCUGCUAUCAGCCGUGUCCUUUGCCUAUUACAGAGAUCUGGAUUUCUGUUGUUUUCUUCACACAUCCAUCUUUGUGACUUUUAACAAAGUUUGCACCUCUCAGUACUUCCUUUGGUACCUCUGCCUUUUGCCUCUGGUGAUGCCACUAGUGAGAAUCCCUUGGAGAAGAGCCAUCGUCCUCUUGAUGUUGUGGUUUAUAGGACAGGCCUUGUGGCUGACUCCCGCGUAUGUGCUAGAGUUUCAAGGCAAGAACACCUUCCUGUUUAUUUGGUUAGCGGGUUUGUUCUUUCUUCUGAUCAACUGUUCCAUCCUGAUUCAGAUUAUUUCCCAUUACAAGGAGGAACGCCUGAUAGAGAGGAUCAAAUAUGACUGACGGGCGUUCUGGAUCUUCUGCAGCUUCUGUUACAUUCUGAUCAUUUUGUAUGGACUGGGAAAGCUUUGCAAGUUUUUCCUCCCUGAACAUUCUGAGGACUCUAGUGGACGUUUCCUCGUUCCAAUAGAAAUGAAAACCAGUGUUGGCCUUCUAUGUAAAGGGGACCCAAUAAUUGAGGUCCAAGUCUCAUCUGCUUGAGAAAAGUAAAGGUCCUUGUCUGACAGUCGGAAAGCCGAUGAAGCUAGAAGAUGCUCACUUGUUUUUGAACAGUAGAGAAGUCGACAUAAAGUCCCUAGCAGUGUUUGUUCCUGUCAUACUGGGCCACUGUUGUCCCUUCAGCCCCCACCUUUCCUUUCUGCCGUGGUGACAGCUGUGAACAUUUACAGAGUUUCCAAAGUACAACAUUUUUACAUAUAAAAUAUUAACACUACCAUGUGUGGUUGGGAAAGUUUGAAAUUUUUGUAUUGGGGCUUAGAGAUAAACAAUCCAAAGAAUUUAAAUUGUGAUCAUGUAUUUGUUUUGUAAUUUAGUUUUUCAGCAUUAGUAUUGUUGGUAUUCGUUUUAUACCAAAAGGUUAAAUUUAAACUCAUCCGUUUUUAGACCUGAGUUUUCAAAAAAGAAAUUGAGCACUAUUAUAAUAUUUAUAUGGUUAUCCUUUUUCUAAUUGCUAAAACGAUUUUCAUCUAGAAUUUAAGCUGAGUAUUGUCUGUUGUAAAAUUAGUAGACUUUAGGUGAUAAAACCUAAAGUUUCGGGUAAAACCUCCUUUGCUCUCUUCUGGUCUUAUCACCUAAAUCGUUACACUGUUGAUAGAUAAGGCAUCCCAGCUUAGGUCUUAGCCUCUGAAAAUUCCACGAUGGGAAGGAAGGAGACUCCUGGAAAGCUCGUGUGCAUCCUGAGGGCUCACUGGUCUGGACUAAAGAAGAGUUAGUUACCCAGGGAUGUGAGGAAGUGCAGAAACCAGCUUUGCUGGGCAGGUGCAGAAAUGGGGCCUUGCUGGGCAGGUGCAGAGAUGCAGCCUUGCUGGGCAAGUGCUUUCUCUUACCACUGUGACAUUUCCUGGGGGAAAGUACUUUCUCAGCUGUAUGAAUAAGCAUCCUAAAAUAUUGUUAGAAAAGCUAGAGUCCAUCUAAGCUGAGGCUUCCUAACGUCCAAAGAUCUAGCAGCAGAUAGUAUGAUUUUGUGAUCAUGAUUUAAGAAAACCAGUAAAUUGUUUUCCAGACUUAAAAACAACAAAUUUCUGAAAACAAAUACUCCAGAAAAGUUGUUAUGCCAAGGCAAGCCUAAAAAGCGUUUGAGGGUAAAAUAUUUAUAGGCAGGUCAUAAUUAGAAGUUCUAUCACUGGCGGCAUUUCUUUGCUGGGUUUCUUUUGGGAUUUGCUCUUAGAGGAAUAGGUGGCUUUUCUGUGGCUGUCUGUGUAGGAAAGCAGUCAGUUGUAGAAAACAUGACUUUUCCUAUGUCAAUUCCAUAUGCCUCGCUAGCUCAUUACUUGACAGCUUAUUGUUUAAGACAGUUUAGUAGUGGCCUUUCCAAUUCCAUCACAUGAACUUUUUUAAAUUAUUAUUAUGGGGCUCAAGCAUUCUAGGCACUCCCACUGAGCUAUGUACCAACUCCAAGGGGAUUUGUAGAGUGAAAGCUUUGCGGAAGGAAAGUGUAGUUCGUGUGUUUGUAGAGGCCUGACUUUUGUUGUUAGACAGUGUUAGUCCAGGCUGGCCUCAGACUGACUUCAUAGGCCAAAGUAACCUCUAGCUCCUGAUCCUCCCUCACACUGCUACCUCCCAAGAGCUGAGAUCACAGUCCUGUGACACUGCCUGGCUCAGAGAUUCUUUAUCAAGGAAAUGCAAGUGUUUCUUAAGAUAUUUUGCAGUUUAUCUGCUGCAAACACUUAUUUUUUUAUUACUUGUUCUAUGUGUAUGGGUGUUUUGCGUGUAUGUCUGUGCACCAUGUGCAUUCCUUGUGCCCAAAGAUCCCAGAAGAGGGCAUUGAUUUCCUAGAACUAGAGUCACAGCUGGUGAUAGCCACCAUGUGGGAAUCUUCUGGAAGAGCAGCCAGUGCUCCUAACCACUAAACCAACUCUUGAGCUCCCUGGUGCAAAAUAGUUAAAAGUUAAAUGGAGAAAUGGUUUGAUCUGGUCUCUUGGAUUUUACUUUUGCAUUGCAACUUUUAAACUUUUUAUUUGGGAAGAGGCACAAAUACCAUGGCCUGUGUAUGGAGGUCAGAUGCACCUGAGACGGCAGAGGAAAACUUGUGCUAGUCGACUGUCCUCUUUCCACUGCUGGCCCUGGAUCAGACUUGGGUUGUCAGGCCUGUCAGCAGGUACCUUUUCACACUGAGCUGUUGAUUGCUUUGGCUACUUUUCACUGAUACCUCUUGUUUCCCCGAUUAGUCCUUGAGUAGUACCUUUAAAUUGUAUGGCUCUUUGGCUUAUUUUCUACAUAAUUCUCUUGUUCUUAUAUUCCCUGCAUUAUCUUUACGUCACUGUAGCAAAUGACUCAAUUGUCGAGAGAAAAGGUUUAUUUGGGGCCAUGGAUUUAGAAGUUCCGGUUUGAGGUUGUUUGGCCCUGUUGCUUCAGGCCUUUAACGAGGUAGCAUAUUGUGGCAGGGAGCACGUGCUAGAAGCAGAUUAUUCACCUCAUUGUGGGUGCAGAAGAGGAAGAGGAGGAGGCGAGGUUUUUUCAGUGCCCUUGGAGGACACACCCUAGUGCAUUUUAGGCAUGGCCUAAAGUUUCCACAGCUUCCCAGUAGCGCCAUAGGCCUUUAGCACUUGGGCCUUUGUGAGGAGAGUUAGACCCAUACCACAGCAUCACUGUGAGAUUGACUUACAGACAAGCUUUACCUCCUAAAGAAGAAUGUUUCCCCAGAUAGGUUGUGUUCUAAACAGAGCAUUGUGUGUUUUCUUCUGGAACUGCCUUUUUGAUGUCUCCAAAAUGUCCUUAAAGACCUCAAGGCAAAUUCCCAGGAUUAGGUUCAUUAUUGUCUUUGGGGGUUUUUGUUGUUGUUGCUGCUGCUGUAGGAGAUGUGAAUCCAGGCUGGUCUUAAAGAACUCAUUAACCUCUUGAAUCUACCUCCUGAGUACUGGGGUUAGCAGGUGUGCUGGUUGUUUUGAUUAGUUUCUUUGGAAAAGCUGUGAUAAUCAUCCUCUACUGCCCAGCUCAGCGAAAGAAUUCUUAAAACCAUAGAUCGCAGCUACCAACUUCUUAUCAUCUGGAUUUUUUUUGAGUAAUGAUGUUUCAUAAGUUGUGUAAAACUUGUCAUUUGGUUAAUUUAUGGCUGAAUAUAUUGUUUUUUUAACAUCA